AUAUAUUCCAACUUCCAGUGUCCAUUCCAUUCUCCUUUUUUGUGCUGUCUCCUUAUUCUGUUUCCUUUUUUCCCCUAUUCAACAUCAUUCCAGUCACAUUCAUUUGAUUGCGCACUAGGCUCCGCCUGCUCACGCCUUUCUUCGCAAAUUCAUAUUUGGAUCUCAAUAUUUCCGCAAAAAAUUGACAACUACAGCGACAUGAACGCCUUCUCCUCUUCCCUUAAAACAUUCAUCUUCUCCUUGCUUUUUGCCACGUUGCUUGCACUCACAGCAGCUCAUCCACCGUCAUCUGGUGAAGAAAUUGCUGAGCAAGAAGAGAAGAAUAUUGCAAGUCCAGAUGAACUUAUUCCGGAAAUUGUCGAGCAGCAAAACUUCUGGCCACCAGUGCAUCUUCGUGGAUUACGAUCAUCAAACGGAAAACCAACCUUCAUCAGAUUCGGCAAGCGGGCUUCUCCAUCAUUCAUUCGCUUUGGAAAAUAAAUCAAUCAUCUCACUUGUCCUAAUUUUCAUUUUCUGUAGUUUAAUUUUCCACCAUCAAAAUGCAUCCAUCUGCCACACCGCGUCACGUCUCUGUCUCAAAACUUGCAGCCCCCGAAAACAAAAUUUCAAAAAAAUUUCAAUUCUCUCAUCUAAAAUUUGUAUUCAGUCUCUUCUCUUUGAUAAAUGGAUUGGUUGUUAUCAAU